AUGUUCUUCUCCAUUCAUCUGAUUUCUGACAGCAAAGGGGCGAUGCCCGCCAGCGGCCGGGCGCUGCUGGCGCUGGGGCUGCUGGCGCUGGGCUGCGCCGCCGCCCGUCCGCCGUCGGCCGACAACGACUUCCCCGAGGGCGGCCCCGAGCGGCGGCGGCCGCCGGGCCACGGCCCCGGCCCCGCCUGCCCCCGCGACUGCGGCUGCACCCAGGAGGGCGUCGUGGACUGCGGCGGCAUCGACCUGAAGGAGUUCCCGCUGCAGCUGCCGGAGCUGACCAACCACCUCUCCCUGCAGAAUAACCAGAUAGAAGAAAUCUUUCCAGAAGAGCUCUCUCGACUUUACAGGUUGGAAACUCUCAAUCUGCAAAACAACAGGCUGACUUCAAAAGGGUUGCCAGAGGAAGCAUUUGAGCAUCUGGAGAACCUGAAUUACCUGUACCUGGCAAACAAUAAGCUAACAGUGGCUCCAAAAUUCCUACCAAAUACCUUGAUCAGUGCAGAUUUUGCAGCCAAUUAUCUGACUAAGAUAUAUGGGCUCACCUUUGGACAGAAACCAAACCUGAGAUCUGUGUACCUGCAUAACAACAAGCUUUCAGAUGCUGGGUUGCCUGACAAUAUGUUCAAUGGCUCUGAUAACGUGGAGAUACUCAUCAUGUCCAGCAAUUUCUUGAAGUAUGUUCCCAAGAAUCUUCCUCCAGCACUCUAUAAACUACACCUAAAGAACAACAGGCUAGAGAAGAUCCCCAAAGGAGCCUUCAGUGAACUCACAGGUCUGCGGGAGCUGUAUUUGCAGAACAACUACUUGAGUAAUGAAGGGAUGGACAACGAAACCUUCUGGAAAUUGUCUAGUCUGGAGUAUCUGGAUUUGUCAAGCAAUAACCUCUCACAAAUCCCAAGUGGGUUACCUCGGAACAUCAUCCUCCUCCACCUGGAGAAGAACGCAAUUAAGGUGAUUGGCAGAGAUGUCCUGACUCAAAUUAAGAACCUGGAGUACCUUCUGCUCCACAACAACAGACUGAAAGCCCGAGGCAUUCACCCGUUAGCCUUCCAGGGCCUGAAGAAGCUGCACACUGUCCACCUGUACAACAACAUGCUGGAGAGGAUCCCCAGUGGGCUGCCCCGGCGAGUCAAAACGCUCAUGAUCCUUCACAACCAGAUCUCAGAGAUCAACAGGAAUGACUUUGCCACUACCUACUUCCUUGAAGAGCUGAACCUGAGCUACAAUAAGCUCAAGAGUCCCCAGAUCCAUCGGGAGGCCUUCCGUAAACUGAGGCAACUCAAGUCCUUGGAUCUUUCUGGAAACAAUCUCCACACUCUGCCCUAUGGCUUCCCAAAGAACUUGCAGAUUCUGAAGCUGAAGGAGAACGAGAUCAGCAUCAUCCCGAAGGGGACUUUGUCUGGGAUGACAAAGCUGCGAGAACUGUAUCUGAGCAACAAUAAACUGAAAAUAAGUUCCAUUUAUUCCAGAGCUUGGAGAGAACUCAGCAGUCUCCAGUCACUAGACAUGGCUGGCAACCAGCUGACUUCUAUCCCCUCAGGCCUGCCAGAGUCUCUGGAAUAUCUCUAUCUCCAGAACAACAAGAUCACAACAGUUUCAGAGAAUGCUUUUGAGUCCACACCCAAUAUAAAGGGGAUUUACCUCAGGUUUAAUAAGAUUGCGGUUGGAGCACUGAAGGAAAGUACCUUCCAAAACCUACAGCACUUGCAGGUGCUGGAUAUUGAAGGGAACCUUGAAUUCAGCAACAGUUCUAAGAAUAAGGAUGACUCAGAAGAGGAAAUGGAAGAUGAGGAAGAGGAAGAAGAACUGAGAUAAAACGUGAACUCACACGAUCACAUC